AUGGCCGAUACCGAACAGCCAGAAGUUCCCAGCGAGCCCCAGGGCCGGCAUGUGCUCUAUUGCGGCGUCUGUACGCUACCCCCGGAGUACUGCGAGUAUGGUGGUACCGUUAAGAAGUGCCAGGACUGGCUGCAAAAGGAGCAUCCAGUUGUUUACGGGAAGAUAUGGUCUCCCGAAGCAUUAGAAGCUGCUACGGCGUCGUUAUCCGUGGACGCCCAGAAGCGGGCUGCGAAAGACGCGCAGAAGAAAGCUGCCCAGGCGGAGAAGGCAGAGCAGAAACAGGCCGACAAGAUCGCCAACAGUGUUAUCACAAUCAAGCGCGUCGAGCGGAAUAAGAGGAAAUACGUCACGGCCGUGUCUGGACUGGAGGCCUUUGGGUUGGAGCUGAAGAAGGUCGCCAAGGAGUUCGGCAAGAAGUUCGCCACUGGUUCUUCGGUGACCAAGGUACCCAGUGGAGGGGAGGAGAUCGUGGUCCAGGGUGAUGUGAGCGACGAGAUCGAGGAGUAUCUGUUGGAGAAAUACAAGGACAUCAUUCCGGAGGACAACAUCGAGCUGGUAGAGGACAAGAAGAAGAAAGCAAGUGCCGGUUGA